AUGGCCGACGCAGAAACCUGUCCCCUCAACGCCCCGCACCCACCCCAAGAGGGCUCCAUCGUCGCCUUCGAGAAGCUCCUUCCCACCAUCAAAAGUACCCUCAUCAAGCUGCGCCAUAAGCACUCCAAGCACGCACCCGAAUAUUUCGCCGCUGUCGAGGGCGUGUCAGAUGCGGAUCUGACUGCGUUUGGAGUCGAGGAUCUGGUGUGUGUGAGGGUUGGGACCAGCGCUUAUGGGCUCCACAUAUUCGGCAAGGUGCGGCUUCCAAAGACGCAGGGCGGGUAUAUCCACGUCAGGAUGUUUGUGGGCAGGAACGAGGAGGAGGAGAAGACAUAUAAGCUGCAUUGUAUCUACCUGGAGGAGAAGGAGAUGGAGGAUGGGCGGAAGUCCUUUAGGGCCAUUAUGAGCGAGGAGGAUGAGUUGGAGUGGUUUAACGAGUAG